UGUACAAAUAUUAGACAGCUGGUUGAUCGGAUAUACGGGGCUUGUUUUGACUUUUUUUUUUCUUUUAGAACAGUAAUAUAAUCCGUAGACAAGUUUAGAGUAUACAUCAAAAAUCGAACUCCUUGUCAAUUCAGAUAAAUUUAACCCAAUCAACUCCGAAUAACAGCGUCUUCUCUAAUGACACUUCCUGCUAGCUGAAGGUUAGCAGCAAUAGUUUUUCUUUAAGCUAACAAGAGAAGGACUUUAAAAACAUGUCUGGACCAAAUGGAGACCCAAACAUCUCCAGUGAAGAUGGCAUCAUCAACGACGACGACGAAUUUGGUGAAGAAGAAUACGCCGCGAUCAACAACAUGCUAGAUCAAAUCAACUCCUAUCUUGAUGACCUGGAGGAGCGCAACGACGCACUUAAUGGAAAACUGCACGAACUGCUGGAGUCAAAUCGGCAAGCCCGUCUGGAUUUCAGGGCGCAGCUCACUGGCUCUCCAACCCAAGAGGAGCAUCACGCCGUGGAGCAGGAAUCUUUACCAAGCGAGCGAAACCAACGUGAAGAAAAUCAGUGACAAGACCAAAGAAAUGUGACAGGACAGAGAAGAUCAGUGGAUUUGAGUUGCUAUAAAUUCUGGUUUCCCUUAACAAACUUGGGAAAAUCCAAUCAAAUGUGUUGCUGCUGUAAAAAGUUACAUUUAUCCAGAUAUCAACUCAAGUUAGAUUCUAUUAAAUAUUAACCAUGCUUCA